AUGGUAAGAUUACUUAUAUUUACCAUUGUUAUAACUUUAUUUGCUUAUUGUCAAGGAGCUGUAAUUGUAGAUUAUGGACAUGAACAUAUUUCAGUUGCUUGGUAUUCUAAUAAUAGAAUAGAUAUUCUUGAUGAUAGUCAUGGGAAUAGAAAUGUUUAUUCUAAAAUUGCUUAUCACUGUAAACGCCAAGACUUAAUUUAUGGACAACAAGCACAAUCAAUGAUUGGCAAUCAAUUAAUUAAUACCAUUUCACCACUUUAUAGUGAAAUGGAACAAAUAGAAAAUUGUACCAUCCAUCAAGACUUUACUUCAUUGUUGGCACUCCAAAUGGAUAAUUUAUUUUAUAAAUUAGAUAAUGAAAAUAAUACACGUAUUUCUCUUACUAACUUGUUUAGCUUAGAUUCUAGACAUUCUUCUUAUUUCAUUAUUCCAUCUUCAUUUACUCCAUAUGACAUUGAUCGUAUUAGACUUAUUCUUCCAGAAGUUCAAUUCAUUACAAAACAUAAAUUACAUGCUGGAAUGAUUUUAGGUGCUGUCUCAAAGAGAGUAAUUGAUAUGAAGGAUGAGUAUGUUAUGAUUGAUUGUGGUGCUCAUGAAACUGCUGUCACUAAAGUUAAAAUGAUUAAUGGAACACAAUUUUCUAUUAUUUCUAGUGAUAUAAUUCCUCUCUCUAUUCAUACAUUAAACAAGAAGUUAGCUAGUUUAGUUGGUUCAGUUAGAGGUGUUUUAGAGAAUCAUAAUUUCAUGAAUCAAAUUAAUGAAUUAAGAAUUAAAUUAUCUUCAAAUCAAGAAAUUACUAUGUUUAUUGAAGAACUUGAAAAGAAUGUUACAAUAACCAGAGAUCAAUUUAAUACCGUUAUUGCUGAUGACUUAAAACCAUUAGAAAAUGUAUUAAAUACUAUUAAAAAGGAAUUAAAUGAAAAUUCUACAAUUUUUGUUAUUGGAGGGUUAAGUUAUACACCUAGAAUUAAAGAAGUCAUUGAACAAACAUUUGGAAAUUAUUCUAUUCGUUUGAGUGGAGACCAAUAUCUUAUGGAAAGUGCCAAAAUGUUAAUAACAUUAGAAAAUAUGUUAGAGAGUCCAAUGAACAUCACUGAUAUUAUUCCAUAUCCAAUUAAUAUAAAAGUUAAUGAACAAGAAAUGCCAUUUAUAAAUAAUGAGCGUCAAAUAACAUUAGAUCAAGUAUAUAAUAUUCCUUUAAGUAAAACAAAUAAAUUAGAGUUUAUUGCUGAUAUGAGUGGAACAAAAAGAAGUGUUAGAAUAUAUUCUAUUGAAAAAAUGGAAAAAGAUACUAAUGCCACAAUUCAUUUUAGUUCCAUUGAAAAAGGAUUUAUCAGCUCUAUUAAAAUAGAAAACUCUACUAUUGAAUUAAUUCCAACAUUUAAUAGUAGUAAUAUUAAAGAAGAAAUUAAAGAACAACGUGAAAAAGAACAAACUAAAAGAAAAAGUGAAGCUGCUGUCAUUAAAAAAAGACAAGAAUAUGAAAUGUUAUUAAAUGAUUUUAAACGAUAUAUAACAGGUGGUAUUGAUGAUAUUGAAAAUGUUGAAAGUAUAUUUGUUGAUGUAGAAAGAAGAGUAGUAUGGCUUGAAGAUCAACUCGACUUGACUUUAGAAGAUAUUGAAAAAGAAUAUAAUGAAUUUAAAAAUAAAUACGAGAAAGAGUUAGACCUUUACUUUGACUUCCAAAUGUUUAACUUAAGAAUGGAAAGUAUGGGAACAAAAAUAGGUAAUAUCAUUGAAGAAAUGAGAAUGUUAAGAAUGAGUCAAGGUCAAGAAUAUGCUAAAAAAAUUAAUGACGCUAUUCAACAUACCUCUAAUAAAAAAACGGAUCGUGAUUCUUUUGAGGUUUUAAUAAACAAGUUAUAUGAUGAAAUGGUCAAUAAAGUUAAUAAGAAGAAAAGGUCAAUUACUUUAAGAGGAUAUUGGCAAAUCUUUGGAUAUGUUGUGGUAGCUAUUUCAGUCAUGUUAAUCCUUUACCUUAGCUUUUUCAAAACAAAGAAGUCAACAGCUAUAAAACGACUUCAUAAAAAACAGCAUUAA